GCUCGCCAGUCUCCGUCCUUUCUGGUUUUUUCACUGCAAAUGGCUGAGGCGGACUGGUGCAGUGGUGCCGCAAGGGUCUACAGAUGCUUCGACCGUACGCACACCCACAUCUCCUUCUGGAAUGAACAUUACAAUGGAUGGGAUGUUGCUGUGCGUGUGUGUGCGUCCAGGACCACCUGCGCUGCUCGAAGAGGUCUUGGAGAGGAUGGGCUGGAGGCCCCACGAACUCUCGACGCCCUCCACCCAGGCCGGCGACUCGUCAGCCACAUCCCGCUCACCCUCACGGCCACUCACUCGGCUCUCCACCCACCAGCCACAGGAGUCCCCCACAUCCUCGGACCUCUCAUCGGAGGCGCCCCGCAUUCACGCUUCCUCAGACAGAAGGCGGCUCGCCAAGAGGCUGCAUUAUUCAAGCAAUCGCGGCGUGUGGUCUUUGGCGUGGAAGUCUGGAAGGUUCUGCCGGUCUGAUUAUCUGGAUCUUUUGGACUAUCAGCGCCUAAAUCACUUCCAGAACUCGGCGUCGAUAACGCGGAAGGACAGGAUGAUACGAGAGCUCAGGAAGAUGAAGGUGGGCUGGAUGACUUGUGUCUGUCGACGGCUGGCUUCGUCGAGGUUUCCGCCGGUUUCAGGCCAUCCAUGGGUCUGCCUACUCGUUUAUCCCCACAUCGUUCAUCUUGCCCUCAGAGCACAAGCGAUUUCUCAAGGCCCACACAGCGCUCCAACGUGCUCACCAUCACGCAAGGCAUUCUUUACCCACACAUAAACAUGUCUCACUGUCUUUCAGGUCCUGCCAACCAUGCCGCGGCGCCAUCUCCCUCUCCCUCUCCCCCGCCCGAUAGGCGCACGCGGGAUUUCCAGAUGAUCAUGCGACUCUAUGAGCAGCAAAAGAGGAAACUCGAGAGUAUGCCGCCCGUGGUCUCGCUGUCAAAAGGAGCGAGGAAACGCCCAAUAGCCCGCCCAGUGCUGCAGAGGCCUCAGACGCGGACAAGGGUGAAAACAGCCGAGAGUGCGUCGUCGUGCGGGAGUGAGGACGAAGACACGAGAGGAGGAGAGAGAAACGGGUCUUGUGUGUUCAUCUGCAAGCCGGCCGAUUGCUCUCGAGGGCGGAACAUCACACUUGCUCGGGUGAGACAACACAACGUGAUAUAUCAGGGUGGGUUUUGCUGGCUGUCUCAUAUAUUCUUUGUGCCAUGUGCUGUGCACGGACAGGAUUUGUCGGAUCUUCGAUACGACCAGCAGUCGAUCAUCCAGCGGUACAUCGCCAAACCUUUGCUCAUCGAAUCCUAUAAGGUGAACGCACCAUUAGAGAGACAUGGUGGAUGGAUGGAUGGAUGGCAUCUGGUGCCGUGUGUGUGUGUCUGUCUGCCGUCCGUUCAGUGGGACUUGCGCGUCUACGUUUUCGUCCCCAGUGUGCAUCCGCUGCAAGUGUAUCUGUACGAUGAGGGCGUCGUGCGGUUCAGCAGUGAGCCCUACAACAUACACAGCAACAGCCCAUUCGUGCACCUCACCAACGCGUAAGUAAGGAGAGAGAGACAUACCGAGGGCAUUCUCUGUUUUCGAAGCGGCUCCAUUACCGUGUUUCCAUCUCAGCUCCAUCAACAAUCGGAACCCCCGUAGCUUUUCGACACAUUGUGGCACGGCAGCCAUCGGUGCAGAGCGAAAGUGGUCGUUCCGUACGCUGCGAGGAUACCUACAGGUCGCGAACUGGCCGCCACUCUCUGUUUGUUUCUAUGGACACAGAUGUCCUACCGUGUCUCACCUGUCUGUCUGCAGUCUCGCGGCAUUUCUCCCGAGUCUCUAUGGAACCAGGUUGUUGAGAUCAUAAGGCUGACAUGCUUGACGCUGCCUCUCAAUAUCCCCACGUGCGAGUGACAAAAUAGAUACUGGGUGUACACGCCAGGCAGACAGUGAGUGCGUGGCUUAUAGGGGUAUGUAUGUAUCUUUUUCUUUCUUCCUUCAGCGCUGCUUCAGAAAACUGCUUUGAGCUGUUUGGUUUUGAUAUCCUCGUCGAUGAAAAGCUCAAGGCAUGGCUCAUUGAGGUGGGCGCGGCGCAAUGCUCUCUUGUGCGUGGACAUCGAUCUCAUGUGCUGUCUUGCCUUCAGGUCAAUUGCUCCCCCUCACUCACAGCAUCCGGCCCUAUAGACCGAGCGGUGAAGGAGGCCCUUUUGACCGACACGAUUGAUCUCCUGGCGCAGCUGACCAAGACAGCAACGACGACACUCACAUGCGGCACACCCUUAGUCUUCCCAUCGUCACCCGUCCCCAGCUGCCCCACUUCACCCAAACAGACACGACACACAGAUGAGGUCCGCCCGCCGAGCUGGCAGGAGAGCCCAACCGUGUCUCCGAGGAUACACAGGGCGACCAGCGCCAAAUCGCCGAGAGGGAAUAGAGCAUGGAACGGAACGGAUUGUGAUCUGUCGGGGGCUGGUGCUGGGCGGUUGACGCCUCCUGCCUCUCCGCGACAUCCAGAAAAAGCGACAAAGGUACGAUUGUGUGGAUGCCAGAACGGUCUUCACUAGACUCUCUGCCUGCUUUCGCCUUCAGGGUCGUCUUCGCUCAGGCCAAUAUCGUCUGGUGUUCCCCUACAAUGAGGCCACGCUGGAAGCUUCCCUGGACCUCAACAGGCUCUCUCGCGUGGGCCACAUUGCCUCCUCCUCAUGCCGCACCUCCAUGUGUGCGCCCAGCCGCAUCCCCCCAUCCCACCCCCCACACUUCUAUUUUUCCUGUGUGCCCCCGCCCUGCUCCCCUUUUGUCAAUGGCUCUCCACCACGUUGGCCCGAUGCGGUGCGGGCCGGCGUCCCUUUCGUGCAGUCGGGCGCACGCGACACUUUCAUGCACGACAAGAUUCGGGAAGUCGUGAGGGACAUCGUGAGGGAAAGACAUGACGAUAGGGGGAGGAGGAGCAAGAGGGGGUGACAAGCCAACAGGCAGGUGACCAGUUUUGUGUGCGUGUGUGUCGUGUGUGUGUGGGCGUCUGGUCUUCGUUGCACCGUUUGUGCCAUGAAUGCAUUUGGAGUUUUCGGCCGCGUUCGCUUCUCUAGUUUGUUGACUGCGUCAGUCUCAUGCCAAAGUUCAUGCAUGUAGGAUGUGGUGUGUUCUAACGAACGCACACAGACGAAUUGUGUCCCCUUUCUGUUGCUCGGUUCCUGGCCCCUAGACUUCCUUCCUCUUUCGCUCCCUCUGUUGUUCAAGGGACGGACCUACAUAUGGCGUGCAGGCUCCUCUCUCAAUGGACAGAUCCAAGGACAUGGAUGGAAUGCAUGGAAG